AUGUUGGAGCAAUUGGACCUGGAUACACCUGCCACCCCGUUACACUCGGAAGCUAUUGUCAGCCGAAAGCGCAAACGACAGGAACAGGAUCAAGCCCAGGACGUGGUUGCUGAAGGCGAUUUCGACAGUGAUUCUGGCAGUGCAAUGGACGCUGAGAUUGGUCGACGUGGUCGAAGCCCUCUCCUGGAUCGAUCCUCGACGCUAUGGGAACUUGUGGGAUCGCAUCACGAUGGUAUUGAAUCUGACAGGCCUAAUCCUCCUUCCGACUCUGAAAGAGCAGACCAAUACUCACCUAUCCAGAUCGACGUAUUUGACGAUAAUCCGCUGGACGGCGGAUCUGAACAUGCGAGCAACAACACCUCAUACGACACGCACCGCCUUCCGGAACGCAAAGCCAAAGACCCACCGGCACUCGGCACACGAGCCCUAAAGCGGAGACGCGACGAAGCGCCAAAGCGGCCAAGUCCGGAAGUUCGGAAAUCGAAUUAG